UAUAUAUCCCAAUGCGUCAUUCCACUCCCCCUUCCAGAUUCCUCCAACAUCGCCAAUCACCUCCUACAUCUAUCACGGUGUCUAUCCGGACUGACCAGUGAAUGAAUGGCUAAGCACAUUUCAUCCAAAGCAUCACUGGCCAGAUUGAGGCGGAACUCAACACACUGCGCGUGCCUUUGCCUCCCUCGCUCGCUCGCAAACUGAGCUUCUCGAUUCAGUCUGCCAUCGAACUGGUCUCGAGUCCACCUCCCCCUUCACCUAACCUUCACAUCCUUUUUCUUUUUCCUGAUAUAAUCUGCGGAUGCCUUCUCGACAUGAGUUGUGCUACAUACUUUUCCUUAAACUUUUCGUGUUUUUCAUGUUUUAAAUUUUGAUUUCUCUCCUUGCGGCAGCUUUCCGGAUCUUUCGAGGCCAAUUUCCUUGAUACACAUCCCGGACGAAAAUCGAAAAUACCUCCCUGAGUUAACAUGAAUUCUUCUGCGGCAGUCCUGCUGGACCCGAAAGCUUUUAAAAAGCAGCCGGCGAAAAGCUCAAGCUCCAGCUCUCCCCGACCCGCUAGUGCGCCCUCGGGAACAGCCUUCGAUCCCAGAGUGUUAUUAAGCCCUCGAAGCUUGAAAGCGCGCAAGCCAGGAACAAAUGCUAGUGCACCAGUAUCUCAGACGCCUACUACUCCGCAACACAGCAGCGAUAACCAGAGCUAUUCUGCCUCGGCUGGAAACGCGAGUGAUUCCCAAAGCGAGAAGACGGAUUCAACGCGUGGGUUGGAGCCGAGUCGGUUUGACCGUCAUAGAACUAUGAUUGAAAAUAUGUAUGGGGUUGAAGAGCGCGGAGUUCAACCACAGAAACGGAUAAAACGCGACGCGAAUCGCCAUGCUAGUUCGGAGCAGAAGUUCGCUUCCAGUGCUAGACGGGGGCUGGCGGAUUAUAUGAAGGAACGUUCGGGAGCCAGUACUCCGUCACUGUCUGAAGUGGCGAUGAUAGAUCUUACAAGAGAUGACAAAAAUGAAGAUGACGAUGUGGUUUUUCUUGGUAAUAAGGAUUUAGGAAUGGAGGAGGUCUGCUAUGGAAGAAUUGAAGGCGCGAUGGUUUACGCUCACCAAGUUCCUCGUUCAAUGAAGUCGGUUUUUGGCGCCACAUCAUCUGAUUGGCCCUCUAUUCGAUGUCAACUUUUUCGUACUCGCGGCCCAGAUACAAGGAUUGAGGUUGCAGACCCUUCACAAAAUGUAUUUGGGAUCAUUGACCAUCGAGUUUCAGCAGCCUUAGUGCCGCUUCUGGACUCGACAAUCAUCAAGGUGCGGACUCAAGCUCGGCUCGACGUCCGCAGGAAAAAGGAAAACGAAUGGCCGGGGCAAGCUUGCUCGGAGAUAUACCGCAUAACUAUAAACCUCUACGGUCCCAGGAAGAUGGCCGACGGGAUCGGGAAGCAUCUUGGCCAGAAGAACGUUUGGCUAGGGACGCCCAACUCAGUUGAAGCUGGGAUGUCGACCUACAACCCCCAUGCCGAGAGACGCCUUGUUCGAGCGGCGAGUACCGCGAAUCGACUUGCAGUCCAAUCAGAAACACGGACAGCAGAAGAAAUUAACAGUGCUGUCACGAAAAUGCUCGAUCAGUUGACUAGCGCUGAAAAUAUUCCGCAAAUGGAGCCGCCUGCUUCGAUAAAAACGCCUCUACUUGCACAUCAGAAACAAGCGCUGUGGUAUAUGUUACAUAAGGAAAAGCCCCGAACGUUUGGUGAAAAGGAAGAGGAAAACAAUUCUUUAUGGAGGAUCCAUUACCAGUCGAACGGCCAAAAGUGCUAUCGCGAUAUUAUCAGUGGUGUUACGUUGUUCGAGGAGCCACCACAAGUUUAUGGAGGCUUAUUGGCGGAUAUGAUGGGUUUGGGGAAGACGUUGAGUAUUCUAUCGCUUGUCAUAUCUACCCAUCUCGAGUCAUUAGAGUGGGCAUUACACACCGUCGACAAGAGAUUAUUGAACAAUCCUGCAGCACGGAAUGUAAAAAGCACCCUUUUGGUUUGCCCUCUAAGCGCAGUAGGGAACUGGGUUAACCAGAUCGAGGAACACCUGGAGGAGGAUGCUCUGUCAUAUUAUGUCUUUCAUGGACCUACAAGAACAGAGGACCCGGAUGAAUUAUCAAAGUACGACCUCAUCAUCACUACUUACAGCACAAUACUCAGUGAGCUAUCUGGCAAAAGCACGAAGAGAGGAACUAGCCCUCUCACCCGUAUGAACUUGUUCCGUAUCGUUCUCGAUGAAGCACACGCUAUCAGAGAACAAAGCGCUGCUCAAUCCCAGGCUAUAUUUGCGCUAAAUUCUCAAUGCCGUUGGUCGGUCACUGGAACACCGAUCCAGAACCGACUAGAAGACUUAGCGUCUGUCACGAGGUUUUUGAGGCUCCAUCCGUACGUGGAGAAGGCUCAGUUUGCGGCUUACAUUAUUGCUCCAUUUAAGUGUGAGAAUCCGAAGGCAAUCCCGAAUCUCCGCAUGCUCGUUGAUUCGUUCACUCUCCGCCGCGUUAAAGAUCGCAUUAACCUGCCACCUCGCCAUGACAAGGUCAUCACCUUGACGUUUUCGGAGCGCGAAAAGAUGCUCCAUGAGUUCUUUAGAAAGGAGUCUAACGUAAUGAUGAAUGUAAUUGCUGGCGAGAGCAAAGAAAAGAUGCGAGGGAAAAUGUAUCAUCUAGUUUUAAAGGCGAUGAUGGUUCUGAGACAAAUUAGUGCUCAUGGAAAAGAACUCCUCGAUCAACAAGACCGGGACAGGUUUAAAGGGUUAAGUGCCACUGACGCUAUUGAUUUGGAGCAGCCAACUGACGAGGAUUCUUUAACCGUCACGGAGAAAAAGGCAUAUGAAAUGCUCGCCCUGAUGAAAGAGUCGGCCGCAGAUGUGUGUGCAAGAUGUGGAAACACCAUCACGCUCCAAUCUCCAGAAGAUAGCCCGAGCGAUAAAGAUCCACUCAUGGCAGCCAUGCUACCAUGCUAUGAUACUGUUUGCGCAGAGUGCUUCCCGCCAAUUCAACAAGUUUUCAAUGAAAACGCAGGCAAACGAUCCCAGCUUUGCUGCACAUUCUGCAAAGGCCUAAUUCCCGUAACAUAUUCAGCCAUUACGUGUCGGGGCUUUGAGAAAUUCCAAGCAUCCCAAUUAUCCACAAGACAUAAUCCCAAACAAGCUAAGAAAUUCGGCCAGUACGAAGGACCGCAUACAAAAACCAAAGCGCUCAUCUCACACCUCCUCGACACAGUGGAAGAAAGUAAGAAAGCGCCCGAUGAACCCCCGAUCAAAAGCGUCGUAUUCUCCUCCUGGACAUCGCACCUGGACCUAAUCGAAAUUGCACUAGAGGAUAACGGAAUCACUACUUUCACUCGCCUCGACGGCACCAUGUCUCUCAAACAGCGCAAUGCCGCCCUCGACGAAUUCCGCGACAACAACGACAUCACCGUCCUCCUCGCUACUCUAGGCGCGGGGGGCGUCGGGCUAAAUCUCACCUCAGGAUCUAGAGUGUACAUCAUGGAGCCGCAAUAUAACCCAGCAGCGAUUGCGCAAGCUGUGGACCGGGUUCAUCGCCUAGGCCAGACGCGUGAAGUGACGACCAUCCAGUUCAUCAUGAAGGAUAGCAUUGAGGAGAAGAUUGCGGAGCUGGCAAAAAAGAAACAGCAGAUGGCAGAUAUGAGUUUGAAUCGGAGCAGGUUGGAUAGGAGGGAGUUGCAGCAAGAGAGGAUGAAGGAGUAUCGGAAUCUGUUUACGUGAAAGUGAAGCUUGUGGUCUGGCUUGCCUCGCUUUUUACGGUCUUACUUUGCAUGUGGGAUCAUCGAACUGGAUUCCCGCUUUUUUCUUUUUUCUUUUUUCUUUCUUUCUUUCUUUCUUUCUUUUUUUUUUUUUUUUUUGCUUCCCCUUCUCCUUCUUCUCCUUCUUCUUUUGUUUUAUAAAACUCCUUCGCAUCUACCACGACUCACGACUCAUACACGACUCACGAUCGCACCGUGUCCGAGGGUGCUAGUCACCCACUCACAUACAUCCAUCCAUGGGCAACAAUUUUCACAUUACCUUCAGAAAAACAUCACCCUUUCCGGCGCGUGAAACAAGGAGCCACAAUUCGGAUUCCGAUAGAUGAUAGAUAGAAUAUGGCUAUGUUUGGCUGGCAGAGAUUUAACCGCAUUUAUCUGGAUUUGUUAUCACUUGCCUUCGAAAAAGACUUUUCUUUCUCCUCUCCUUUCCUCUUCCUUUCACAUCAUUUUAUUUUAUUCUAAUGUUUUUUAUUCCCAAAUUCACGAUUAACAUAUACCCAGAAUACUUUUUGUUUUCUUUUCCUUCUUCUUUUGCUGUUUCAUUUUCACUUCAUUUUAUAUUUUUUUCAUCUUCGUAUCCCUUUUGUAUGCACAUGUACAUGUACAUCCCAUUCCAAGACCUUUUACAUUUGUUUGUAACACCUCUGCCCAUGGCGGCGCGCUUUUAACUUUGGCGGGCUAAUGAUUUACUCUCGAAUUCGCAGCUUAUUUCAUCAUUCCUGCCCGAUGAUGAACUAUUUGAUAGUCCUGUGGAUUUUUGCUUCUCGAAGUCUCACUCCUACUCUUAGGUUCGUUCCACAUAGAUAAAUAGAUAUCUGGAACAAAAAAAAGUGAGGUAUCUCGGAUUGUUUACCUGAUCCCUCUUGUCUACUUAUAUAUCAAUUUACAAGCAACGGAAUCAUGUAUUUUUAUCAUUAGAUAAUGACGACAUACUGCCAUAUCUCGUGGACUAAGUCCACGGGGAUCUCUCACUCAGGAAGGCAGUGCCAAUGCCCUAUAAAUUUUAGUGUCAAUAAUAGGAAAGCAAUGAAUAUCUAACAGGUCAAAGGAAUCCCAUCCACAAGCAACCACAAAAGAACGCACCACCACCAUCCAUCCAACGCCGUCCGUACUAUUUAUUUAAUAAAUCCCCUCCUGCCAAAGAAAGUUACCCAUAAACCCAGAAAACUCCAAAAACGACCAACCACCCUCCCCGAAGAGUAUCGUUCCCUUACCCCCUCCCCUCCACAGCUCCCAACAGCUCAUCAACCCUCUCCCCCAACCUCCUCAUCUCCCUCCUCUUCUCCAUCCUCUCCGCCUCCACAACCCUCAACUCCUCCGCUAGCCGCCUAAUCCUCUCCUCCUGCUCCGUCUCACUGCUCCCCACCCCAGGUAAAACGCUGAUGAGGUACUCAAUCUGCUGCUCUUUGACGAUUAGGUCACGCGCUAGCUCGCGCUGUCGUAGCGCAAAGAUCUCGGGGGUAUCUGGGGUGGGUUCUGCUUGAGGCGAUUCUUCUUGCUGGGCUUGUGCUUCUGCGGCUGCGGGGGUGGUGGAUUGUUGGGCUUGUGAGGAGGCAGCGGCUUCACUAGUGCCUUUGGCGGUGGUGGAUACAGUAGUUGUGGGAGGAGGGUUUUUGGGAAUCUUUUUCAGUUGUGGGAUUGCGGUUGGGACGUUGGAGGGUGGGGUUGCGGCGGAGUGGUCGUGGUAUGUUGUUAGGUAACAGAGGGUGGCGUAGAAUUGGGUUGCGAGCUAGAUGCAGGUGAUUUAGCUUUGGUUAGAUAGGACUUCUAAUUUUUUUUAGUUUUUGGUUUAUAUCUGUGGAACGGAUUAGGUAUACCUGGUCCAAGCAUGUUUGGAGCUGUGUGAGAAUGUCUGCCAUCGUAGCUGAUGUGGUGGUGGAGCGGAGAGCGGUAGCUUCCCUCGCUAGUAGUUGAGGAUGGUGGGCUAUUAUUUUGAAUAUGGAUAAACUGAGAUUAAGCAUAUACAAUUGUUUAUCGCGA